CGAAGACAAUAUUUGUGUUAUUGCUUGUUGAACAUAUAGAUUUUUAGAAGAAAAGUGAUUUUUUUUUCUUUGAUUAUUCAAUGGUCAUUGAUGUGAGAUAUGCAAAAUGAUACGUUGUUUUAUUUUACUGCUCUACGCCUGUACCAUUUUCGGUAUAGGAUACGACGCAGGCGGAAGCGACCGGGCGACCUGCGGACGCCCUUACAGAGCAGGACGUCGUUAUCAACCCCCCUGCGACCUGAACCGUUACGGUUACUGUAGCCAAGCAGGACAAUUGUAUCCUUGGCGAGCUGUAAGACGAUUUGUUAAAGACAACCAAGGACUGAUGAAGAGGAUGUACGGAGACCAGCGACAUGGUCACGUGCUGAAAUCUGAACUAGAAGAUCCCGAAGAGUUUGAUGAAGAGGAUGAUGGGAAUAAUAAUUGGAAACCUACACAAGUGAGGUUUGCCAGGUACCAACACCAAAAUGACGACAUAGAUAAUGAACUGGAUGAUUUCGAUGAUAUUGACGAUGAAGGGCCGCGGUAUUUUAGAGGUAGCCUAACAAACGAUGAUGUUUUAAACACAAAAUUCGUUAUAUCCGAACAGGAAGCUGCUAUUGCUAUCAAAUUGGCUGAACUUAAGGCUUCAGCACAUUUUAGACGGCCUGCUAGUCAUAGAUCCCAAUACACCACUCAGAAAUAUCAUUCGACACCAACAACAACGACAACCACAGAAAAAAGUAAAACAACCACAGAAACCAACGAAAUAAAUAACGAAGAAGCAGCUACCCAGAAAUCUACCACUAAGGCUGCCACUGAAGCUUCUUCAUUGGAAAUGACUGAAGAAGCAGCUGUAAUUGCUGUUUCAACAACUACAACUGAAGACACUUCUACUACUGAAACAACUACAACAACAGAUAGGACAACCGAAUGGUUAUCCAAAAAAAUCACUACAACAACGCCAAUAAUAACAACGGACAAUUCAACAGAUGAUAGUGUAAAAUUAAAUAGUGAAGACAUGGAUCAGACAGUCGAAUCCAGUGAAAACAGUGAAGUUUACAGUGAGCAAUUGAAACAACUUGAGAAUACUCCUGCAAUGUUGUUCCAAGAUAUGGACUCUAAUAAUGGUAACAAGAAAAAAGAACCAAUUAAUUUCAAUAAAAUGAAAGGAGUGAACGCUUGUCCAGUCAAAGAAGAAGUUGUGGCUCCGUUCUGGGCGAAUAACACCAGGGGUGAAGUGCUGGCCCUUCUCAAUAUGUACCCUUUCGAACAGUACGUUCACUGGGAAAAAUGUACGUUUGAAAACAGGCAAAUGUAUUGUAGAGAGGGCUGUAGAUGUGAGCAACAAUACAGACUACACCGAUUGUUGGCUUAUGAUCCGAAUAACGAGUGCAGAGGCAUUUUUUCCGAUUGGUUCCGAUUUCCUUCAUGUUGCGUCUGCAAAUGUUACGAUAUUCCUCCAGAAUUCCGAGUCACCUCGCGCAGUCCCAGAUUCGAAAAAUCAAAUUUGGGUGAAGAAGAAGAAUAUAAUAAUAGUUCUUAAACGAUUAAGUACAAUAUAAAUUAUUAUUUAUUUAUAUAUAUUUAGUCUUGUUUAUAUUUAUUUACUUAUUUAUAUUUAAUUUAUUUUGUUAUUUAAUUUGUUUUUUUUUUUUAGAAAGGCUCGUGUUUUACUUAGCGGCAAAAAUUAGAAGUCAGUCAGAUUCAAUUUUUUUGGAAA